AUGAAGUUGAACGCAAAGAAAACGAAAGAUAUGUGGAUUUGCUUUGGGAAAUCUAUCCCACAACCUCCCAAUCUUUAUAUCGGGGAUGUUAUGAUCGAAAGAGUUAAUUCAUUCAAGUUACUCGGUGUUAGCUGUCAAAGUAACAUGAAAUGGAAUUCUCACAUCAAAGAAAUUACUCGUAAGAGAAACAGGAGACUGUGUCAUCUAAGGCAGUGCAGGAAGGCUCACCUUCCUACUGAAGUAGGAUUGGCAACUUACUGCACCAAAAUUCGUCCAGUGCUUGAAUAUGCCGCACAAGUUUGGGGUGGCGUACCUCAUUAUUUAGUGAACGACCUUGAGCGUAUUCAAAGGAGAAGCUUAUGUAGUAUUGGUUUACCGGUCGAUACACCUCACCCGCUUAGUGAGAGAAGAGAUAAGCUAACUCUUCGAGAAAUGGAGGCAAUUACUCAGGAC